AUGUUACAUACUUUUAUUAUACUUGAUGGUCACCCAGAUGCAUUUGCACCUUUAACAAGAGUAAAUGAUCAAUCCAUAGAUCCAACACAUCAGAUUCCUACUUAUCCUUUAUGGACUAGUAUGGUACAAAGUUCUUUAGAUUUUUGUCGCAUAGUUUGGGAUAUACAACAAACCAAAAGAUAUAUUAUCAACGUGCUAGUUGCAGGGAAAACACCUAUUUUACUUAAUAAUACCUCAGAGCAAGAUAUUAGAAUAUUACAACAAAAAUUUCCUCAUGUCCAACCUAGACAAUCUUAUUCACAUGACCGAAUACAGGCUACAAUUGAAAAUGCACUUCAAUUAUAUCAAGAACAAUCUCAUGAAUACAUUUUAAGUCGAUGUCGUAUCAUUCUUGUUAUUGUUGCAAAAGAUCAAUCUGAAAAACAGUUCGAAUUUCGAAAUAAUCCACAAGAUCCUGUCCGCGAUUUACAAGCCAUUGUUUAUGAAUCACUCAAUAAAGUAAAUAACGCGAACCCUUCAAAAAGUAUAAGUCAUGUACAAGUAGACGUACUACGAUCAUUAUCGUUUUCUGAUACACCUGAGCAUCUUAUACAAGACAAAAUUAUAUCUAAGAAAGUGACACAUCAAAUAACAAUGUCAGCUUAUAAUAUUCCAAACGGACAAGAUGACUUAAAAUAUGCAAUGCGUCAUCUUGCACAAUUAUAUUAUAACAUUAAUAUAUUGCACAUAUCAAAUAUACCAAUGAAGUCUGCAGCAGAACAAAUACAACAGCAAUCAACACGUACAGUUACAUUAUAUUACCAAGCAAAUGGACAUCAUUUAAUUAAUCAACAGGAACCACUAAGAAACUCACUUAUUCAUGAUCCAGCCUAUUUAAAAUAUAGAGAGCUAAAGUUAAUCUAUUCUAAACGUAGUAAAAGAUCUUUAUCAGAAUCUGAAUGGUGCUCUUGCAUACACACUAUUUCGCCAUUAAAAUUACAUGAUGGUGUAACUCAAGUUUAUUUAGAUAUGAUAUUUAAAGGUAGUGUUUCUUAUCUUGUAUUGCCUGAGCUUAGUCAUACCAAAUCAUGGACUCAUACAUUAAUGGUUGAAGAUGGUACCAUCUUUUUAUGUUGCUUUAAUAAUCAACUUCAACAGCAAUUCACAGAAGCAAAAGACGAUAUAAUUUCAUUAUCAAAAGUAGUAAAGAUAGAAGGAUUUGUUGAGCAUCAUGAGACUAAGGGUAUGAUACCCAAAACAACAGAAUUGGUAGAUACAAUAAUUCGUCCUAAUUUAUUUGAUAAUAUGAAACAACUAUUACAUGAAACGUCUACAAAUCCAUUAUGUAGAACUGUAUCUUUUAAUCCUUUCCUCUUUUCACAUCAUCUUCCUAUUAUAACUCAUUCAAAAUUAGUUACAUCUCGUUCAAUCGAAAAGGCUACUCGUUGGCGUACUUGUUUCCGUGAUUGCGAAGGUACAAAUCUCUUCCCUGUAACUCUUCAUCAUAGAUCGAUUGAAGAUCUUGCUAUGGAUGUACUGAAUGGUGUUCCUAUUAGUUCUGGAUUUGGUAUUGCUUUAGGACUUAUUCAUGAUUUAUUUGAACAGCUUCAAGAUAUUUUCUUUAAAGAUAUAAUUUCAUCAAAGGAUGUAUCGAUGACAAAGGAAUUAAUCAAUAUGAUUGUGUCUGAAUUGAAAAGUGGAAUGGAGGGAGCUGGCAAAAAACUCUUUGUAAAAGGAUUAGGAAAAGAACAUACCAAGCUUUUAUCUAAAAAACUUCUUGUUGCACUUUAUCUUAUUGGAAAAAGAUUUCAAAAGGAUUCAGAUAAACAUAAAAUGUUAUGUAAUUAUAUAGUUACUACUAUUAAAGAGAAAAUAGAUGUUUUAUCUACUCAAAUAACUGACUAUACGAAAAAUACAACGACGGAAAUCAAAGCAGAGGAUGUAGCAUGGAAUCAAUUUCAUCAUUAUGAGAAUAUGUCUCUCAGAGAACGAGAGGAUGCUGCACAAGGUUUAUUACCAGAAACAAAAAACUUGAAAACAGUUCAAAAUGAUAAUACUAUGUUUAAGGGACAAUCAGUGCCCCUUUAUCAAAUAAAGAAUGAAAAAGGAAUUCAACAGCAAACUUCAGUAAAAUAUAAUCCUAAUUUUAGAUCUCGACGUGGACAGCAGACUAUGGCUACCACUCAUACUACAAUUCCUGCUACUGUUACUGCUGCUACUGCUACUGCUACUGCUACUACUACUGCCACUAUGACUACGACCACGACUACAAGUAGGGAUAUAAAGGAUCAAACAAGUCCAUUAAAUCAAUAUCCUAAUCCCUCUGCCGCUAUACCUUAUUUAACCUUUAUUGCCCCUACAAUUGAAGAGAAAGAACAAGAAGAAAAGGAAGAAGAAGCAAGUUUAGGAAAGCCAGGGAAUUUGCUUUGGCUUUAUUGGAUGAAUGAUAAACUAAAGAAGAGAGGACAUCAUGAAGAAGGAGAUAUUAGCAGUGAUGCUGAAUUAGUUUAUAAAGAUCAUCAAUGGAAACGGGUUAAGAAAGAGUUCUUGGGUCGUUUAGCUCAGCCUGGAGAAAAAGGAGAAACAUCUUGA